CCCCGUUAUCCCCUAAAUUUACUGUCCUUGCUCCAUGUCCACAACAUACACCGCUUCACUUUCCUAACUUCUAUGCCACUUUGAAUCUCGCAAGUAGCCAGUAUUCCAGCGCUGCUCAACACCAAAGCGACCAUGUCUCCCAUCCCCGUCAUCGUCUGCGGGAAGAACCCCAACAUCGCGAAGAAAGUUCGCGAAGACUUGCUGCCGGAAUACGAUGUGAUCCAUAUCAUCCUCACUCUCGAAGCCGGCACUUUAGAGAUUCCACGCCUUCUCUCCGGCAAAACACCGGAAAAGACCCCUGGCAAUCACGGCUCGCAAAACUAUACGCAAAAGCCAGUUGCCAUUGCCGUGGGCGGCGGUUUUGACAACGAGGCGUUUGGUCAGAUGAAAGACGCGUCGAAAGAUGUGCAGAGCGUUGUCUGGGUGCGCCCAGACGUGAACUACAGGGCAGAGAUGCCGGCGUUAAGCGAUACAGAGGCCUUUGGCGCGGCCACCGCGGUCAGAGUGAAGAAGUGUUUGAACGAGCUAAGUGUGGGGAAAGAAGGGGGGAAGACAGAGGGUGUGUUUUACUUUUGA